AUGUUACUACUUACGGCGAAAUUCAGCGAGUUGCUCGGUUAUGCUUCUAUAGCAUGUUGGCUUGGUGCCCAAUUUCCACAGGUGAUAGAAAAUCACAAACGACAGUCGUGUGAGGGCCUCGCACUGCCGUUCUUGUGCAAUUGGUUGCUCGGCGAUUUUUCGAAUUUAAUCGGUUGUUUGCUCACUCACCAGCUUCCCUUCCAGACUUACCUUGCGACCUACUUUUGCAUAGUGGAUUGUUCGUUACUGGCUCAAUACUUCUACUACUAUAGUGGAAGACCAGCAACGCUAUCCGAGGCAUAUGUACGCACACGAUCACGAACCAUAUCCACUGCUCGCCGACUCUCAUUGGACGCAUCACACUAUCGCACAUUAUCGACAGUCGCAGGGAAUGUCGCUGCAGCUGCAGCGUUAGCCGCAUUCCCUGAAUCGCAUCCUGAACAUCGCUCACGAAAGCAUGUUGUCGAUCAGCCGCUCGAUGACACAGCACCCCAAGUCGUUGAAGAAGCACAGGAUGAGGUUGAUGAUGCGGUCUUGUCAGCACUCUCAGAAAGUUUCCACUCUGGGCGGAAACGCGUUUCAUGGAGCCAAGAACGCCACGAUCAUCAACCGAGCGCUCGAAGUCAGGCGUCUUCGGUCGUUCCAAAAUCACUGCAAAUUACAGCUCCUCCGCGCGAGUUCGCAGCAUUUUCCCGGGGUCGUCCAGAGCAGCGUGUGACAGAUGUGGAAGAGGUUGAGGUUGAGCAACCUAGCUCGCGUGCGGCGAGUGACCAUAGGACCAGUUCGCGUGCGAGUCGACGCGGUGCAAGUAUGGUCUUGCUUGGAUUUGGGGCGUUGUUUAGUGUUGGAGCUCUAACCAACGUUCCCUCCAGAUCUUUAGCAGGGAGGAGUGACAGCAUCGGACGGGUGCUAGCAGAUGAGGUUAAUAUACCACAUCCAUUGACAACGUCCUCCGCGCAGGACACGGCCUACCAUCCGCCAUCAGGUCUAGGAGUUGUAACUGUAGAACUCCCUCUGACAGUUAGCCAGAAUGGGUCGCGAUCUCAAUCAUCAGAAGACUCCCCAUCAACGGAACGUAUCAUUGGCCGAAUUUUCGCCUGGCUGUGUACCUCAUUAUAUUUGACUUCUCGGCUUCCUCAGAUAUGGAAGAACUAUGUCAGAAAGUCUGUUGAUGGACUCUCAAUGUAUCUCUUUGUCUUCGCUUUCCUUGGCAACUUUUUCUACGUCUGCUCGAUAUUGACAUCUCCAGAGGCACACAUGCCUCCACCUGCAUCAACUAAGUUUUUCAAGGAGAGCAUCCCAUACCUACUGGGAAGUGGUGGCACACUCAUCUUCGAUAUCACGAUUGUAUCUCAAUCCUAUAUUUACCGAGGGAAGCCUCCGCGUCGGCGAGGCCGUGGUACAUCAAUCGCACACAGAGCUUCCCUCGCUGAAGAGCAAGCUUGUUUAUUGGGAGGGGAUGCUCUUUCUGGCUCAUACUACGGUGGUAGAAGUGCAAGCGCUGUACGGCACUCCAGGAGUCGGACCUCCGUUAGCAACCAACAAUUCGCAGAACCGCAACCUGAUCACCUCCGUGCUUUUGUACUCGAUUAUCUCUGUCAUAAUUGUUAUACCAAGACUGCGCAGGCAUUCGCUAGGGAUACCGCCGUGAGGCACCUUGAUAAGGAUGGAGACGAAAUUACGUCGCCCGACAGAAGGUUACAAGGGACCUCAGCAGACCUAACGGAUGAGGGCCUCCGGAAAAUACGGCGUCGUGAAGAAGUACGAACAGAAAUACUCUCCGGACGAAUUGAUGAGGCUACUGCCCUCCUCAACGAGCACUUCCCCAAUGUUCUUGCCCCAUCAAGCAUACCAUCCUCAGAAACGUCGUCUUCCGUCGAUUCUUCCCCUGACCGUAUAGAGUACAACUCCCGUACUGUUUUGGACCCGACACUCCUCUCACUGAACCUCCGUAUUCAUGCGUUCAUCGAAGCCUGCCGCACAAUCCCUCUUCUCUAUGUUCCGCAUCUUCAAACCACACCCAUCACAACACCAGAACCCACGACGAAUAUUUCCCGUGACCCUGAUCAUAUGGCUGAUGAGCGUUAUCAGACAGCGUUAAUACUGCGUGCGCAGAAGCUCUAUGCGUUAGUAGAACUAUUGCGGAAACCAGAAGACCGAGCGACGUAUUUGAAGGAGCUGGAGAACGUCGGCGGCCUUCUCGCAUAUAAGGUGCCAGAGAUGAGCCCUAUGUCAAAAUAUCUUGACCAGGCGAGACGAGAACGUGUCGCAGACCAGAUAAACCGUGCAAUACUCUAUCACAGCAAUUUACUGUCUGUAUCUCAUUUGGAAGUUGCCGUGCGAUAUAAUUCUGCUCUCUGGGGAGCUUUGAGUGAACUGCAUAUCAAAGUUCCCACAAACUCUAGUAGACCUGCAGGAGUUACCCUCCCACCAAAGCCUACUAGCAGGAGUGCGCCAACUUUAGGAGAGAAGAAAUUGACUGGCACUGUUGAGUACUUGCCACCAUUCGAUCUGGGCUUAUUCCUUGAUGCUCGGGUAUGA